AUGGUUGGCUCCUUGAGAGCUGCAGCAGAAGGCAACAUUGAUCCAUUCGAGAAUUAUCAAACUUGUCUUAAUCAGCUCAUGACUCCAAACCAAAAUUCAAUUCUUCAUGUUUAUUUAGAAAGCCAAAGUAAAGAACCGGAAUUCACUGAUUUUGUUGACCUAAUUCUUGAAAUGCGUCCAGAAUUGCUGUUGCAAGUCAAUGUAGAAGGAGAAACGCCAUUACAUUUCGCAGCAAGAUAUGGGCAUGCCAACGUAGUGAAAGUUCUUAUUGACCGUGGGAAAGCUCUACCUAUAGAUCCAGAGAGCGGGCUAACUGAAGCACAGAAGAUGAUGAGAAUGACAAACGUAGAGAAAGAUACAGUGUUGCAUGUGGCAGCUCGAAAUAGCCGUAGCAAUGUUGUGGAAAUAUUGACCAAAGAGGACCCAGAGUUUUCAUAUUCCGCCAAUGAUUAUGGAGAAACUCCACUGUACAUCGCUGCUUCUGUAGGCUCUCCGAUGGUGACCGAACAAAUCUUAAUAAAUUGCUCGUCGGUGGACUAUGGUGGCCCCUUAGGUAGAACUGCACUGCAUGCCGCAGCCAUAGCCGGAGAUUAUGAGACAACAAGAAAAAUAUUAGAAAAAGAAAGGAAUUUGACAAAAGCAACCGAUCAGAACGGAUGGUCACCGCUUCACUAUGCUGCCUAUUUCGAAAGGAAUUAUGACGUUCUGAAACUAUUACUAGAAUAUGAUGCGUCUGCAGCUUACAUUGUUGACAUCGAUAAGAGAACAGCCCUUCACAUAGCCGCCCUUCGAGGCAAUGAGGAAGCAAUGAAAGAGAUUGUUUCUUGUUGUCCAGCUUGCUGUGAAAUAGUUGAUAAUCGAGGUUGGAACGCUCUUCAUUUCGCUGUAGCUAGUAAAAGCACAGAUGUAUACGGAAAGGCUCUGAAAAUUCCAGAACUUGGUAGACUUGAAAAUAAGAAGGAUGACAAAGGAAACACGCCGCUCCAUCUAAUUGCAGCUUUAGGGUUGAAGCAAGAGGGCUGGAAAAGUUUUGGUUUGUUAUUUUAUGAUGAACGGAUGAGGUGUGGUCUGAAUAAGCAAAGCUUAAGCGUCGAAGACAUAAUUCAAGGAAAUUUGGGUGAGAUACAACAGAAAGAGAUCUUAGACUCCAUUGAAGAUGUUGGUAGUGGACCCUUUGGACGCAUUGUUGUGGAAGAAGAUAAAAGGGUAAUGCCAGAAUACAAAGAUGUAUCCUUGGAUAAAAUAAGAGAGGCUCAUCUAGUAGUAGCAGCGCUCAUAGCAACGGUAACAUUUGCAGCAGCUUUCACCUUGCCUGGCGGUUACAAGAACGAACAAGGCCCUAAUCAAGGCACUGCAAUUCUAACGAAAAAAGCCGCUUUUAUAGCAUUUGUUAUAUCAGAUGCAAUAGCAAUGGUGCUCUCACUUUCUGCUGUCUUUACCCACUUUUGUUUGGCGCUGCUUCGUGCUGAUGAUGAAACUGAGGUUAAAAUUCUCAAAGUAAUAGAGUUGGGCGCGGUUUUAACCGAGAUUGCUAUGGUUGGAAUGGUUAUGGCAUUUAUUACAGGCACUUAUGCAGUGCUAGCAACUUCCUUCGGGCUUGCCAUCACCACUUGUUUCAUCGGUUUGAGCUUCUUCUUUUUUUGUUUUUAG